AGGGCAAACAUUUUUUUCUGGUUCUCGACGAAAAAGAAAGGUGUCAAAAAAAUGAAGUUUUGCACGACAGGAAAAAAUAACUCGCGAGAACGACCACACACCAAACGAGUACUGGCCGAUCACAUGAUUUCGUUGCCGCGGAAUAUUUAUGGACGGACAUUCAUUCGUAUGGAUAGCGCCGAAUCACAGGUGAAGAGAAAGGGACAUUGUUCAUGCGUCAGUGUCGACGCAUAUGGAGCGACAAAUGGUCGGAUCGGGAGAAUGACCGCUGGCACAAGUGGCACUGGAACGGUUUUUGGCCCGUAUGUUUCCGGAAGUGACGAAUGCGAACUUUUGGUGUACACUUUAUCACAGCCCGAGAAAUCGCAGCGGUGCACCUUUCGGCGCUUCAGACUCUCCAUGUAUUCGGCGCCGAUCGGCCCGUUCCCGUUGAUGUCUGGUGAGCUCGGCGGCGGCGACCCAUUGUCCACCGGGGUUCCUCUUCCGUUUCGGCUCGGGAAAAUCCUGCAUUAUCUCGUUCUCGGCGGCAAUGUCAGCGUAACCCGUGAAAUUAUUGUAUUCCAUGAUUGGUUUUGUCCAGGUGGCACAGCGUGGAUCCUGGCCGAAAGGAAGCCAGAGGGACUAGAAUUUCUAGGGCUGAUGCUUCGACCUGGGCUCGUGCUUGACCCGGCUGAAAGCGGAGGCGAGCUGAUCUUCGGCGACCUGGCAUCCACGUCGCUGAUGCACUGCUGGUCUUCCACUGCACCUCCGAUCCUCCAAAACUUGCCUAUUUUUGUCAAAGAAAAGAAAACCACGGCGUGUCAUCAACUAUAUAUACGGUUAAUCCCGCAGUUAUUACCUCACGACGAAGGCGACGUUAAGAAAUCAUCUCAUUAUAAAGGCAUCCCGCGGAAUUACAGCUUCGAAGAGGACAUACAGUUUUCUUUCGUCUCGCCGUUUUUCCUCUCAUAA